AUUGCUCUAGUACAAGAAGGAAAAAGAAGACGAAGAAUGGAACCAAGCAUUGGGUAUGUGAUAAGGUGAAGGAUUGGCUGAUUGAAGAUGCAACUCUCGGAGCGAAAGCAUUGUAGAAGAAGAUUAAAGAACACCACAAGGUUGACCUCCACUACAAGAGAGUAUAUAUGGGUUCUUCUUUGCUUUGAAACCUUGCAUAGACGGAUUCCUUGGUGGGUGCAGGCCAUAUUUGGCAGUAGAUAGCACAUUCUUAACAGGCAGGUUCAAGGGGCAGCUGGCUAGUGCUACCGCUGUAGAUGGCCAUAAUUGGAUGUAUCCACUUUGUUUUGGAAUUUUUGAUUCCGAAACAAAUGAGAACUGGAUUUGGUUCAUGCAAUUGCUUAGGCAAGCCAUAGGAUCACCAAGGGGUUUAGCCAUAAGCACUGAUGCCGGGCAGGCGGUGAUGACAGGGGUAAAGGAAGUUUUCCCAGAAGUAGAACAUAGGGAAUGCAUGUUUCACUUGGUGUCAAACUUCAAGAAAAAGUAUCACGGAAAGGUAUUUGAUGACCAUCUUUGGAAUGCUGCUUACUCAUGGAAUACAUAUAUAUUUGAGAAAAAUUGGGUUGCAAUGGAAACAGCAAAGCCAGCAGCAACUGCAUAUCUUAGGAAAUGGCACACUAGGUUGUGGACUAGGAGUCAGUUCUCAACCAUUUGUAAGGUGGACUAUGUAACCAACAACCUGGCAGAGUGCUUCAAUAAUUGGAUUAAGCACCACAAGUCUUUGAACUUGGAUGACUUAAUGGACAAGCUUAGGCAGAUGAUUAUGAUCAUGUGGAAUCGCCGGAGAAAAGUAGCAAAGAAGUUAGUUGGCUUAAUUUUGCCCCACAUAAUUAAGAAGUUGAAUGCAAAGAGUAGAGAGUUGAACUUGGAGGUGGUAGAAAGCUCGGAAGAAGUUGCUGAAGUUACUCAAUUGGGAGGCAGCGGGUUUAGGUUUGUCGUCAACUUGCAUGACAACACAUGCUCUUGUAGACAAUGGCAAGUUUCUGGCCUUCCUUGCAAACAUGCUCUAGCAUUCAUCACAUCACUUGUCAAUGCACAUAUACAGAAUUAUGUGGACUCGUAUUACUCCAUUGACAAGUUUAGAGCAGCUUAUGGCCAACUAAUCCCUUCUAUGUGUGACAAGACCCAGUGGCCUAAAUCUAACCAUGGAUUCUUCAUGCAUCCACCCUUGUUAAAAGCCGUAGCUGGUCGGCCCCAAACAGAGAGGCAUAAGGGUUGUAGUGAGAAAAAGAGGAAAAGUGGCCAGCACUUAUGCCCUAUUUGUAAGGAAUACGGGCACCAUUGGCACAAGUGCAAGAAGGGGAACAAAUAUGACAUUGCUGCUUUGAUGGAGUUGAGAGAACCACCAAAGAAGAGGAGGAAGACUACCAAAUCAGCCGAGUCAUCCAUUGUGCCAAGAGGUGAUGAAGCACCGGCAACCGCUAUGUAUUUUCCACCAAGCCAAAGCUUAGAAAUUACAACCAAGAAGAAAGGAAAACAUAGCCAAACUUUGAAGACUACAAACAAGAAAAAUGCAAAAGGGUGUAAAAGAUCAGGGAAGGGGAAGAAGAUGGAGCUUGCUAAAAAGGAUGAAAGUUGUCCUAUGGUGCCACCAUUCGACAGCCCCGCAAUGAGCACAAGAAGCAAAAAAGCUAACCCAGCCAGCCCCGCAAUGAGCACAAGGAGUAGAAGAAGACUUAGCUUGUGAACUAAAUUUAAUUUCUUUUAGUUAGAGUCACUUCUGUUGCUGCUCAAGUCAUGUUGUGUGGACUUGGACUCAUAUGGGAACCUUAUGUCACUUUUGUGUAGUCCAUAUCAUGGACUUGGACUAUGUACGCGAACCUGGACAUGAUGACAAUCCUUUUGUGUUGCUCAUAUGAUGUAGAUUAUGAUGUAUGUGUGGGAUUGGACUCAUAUGUGAUCAUGUAUAUGUUGGAAGCGAUAUAUGUGUACUUGGAUGGGGGC